AUGGCUCCGCAAAACGUGAACGUCCUCCUCUCAACAUUCCCCGGUCUCUCUCUUCCCUCCACUCUCUCAUUCUCCCUCCCAUCGACCUCGUCUAUCUCCGACCUCACCGAGAAGGUUUCCUCAUAUAUUCCGUCAUCCGUACCUCUCCAGUCGCUUAUCUUAACUACGACAAACAACAAACAAUUACUCCCUUCUUCAGACCUAUCAAUCUCACAUCUCAUUGCUCCUAAUGGCGAACUCACUGCGACAUCAAACCUCCUCCCCCUCCGCCUUUCGGUGCCCCUAUGCGGAGGAAAGGGUGGCUUCGGCUCCCAGCUUCGUGCAGCUGGUGGGCGCAUGUCAAGCAAGAGAAAGCGCAACCAGGGCGACGAUAACGGCUCAAGUCGCAAUCUCGAUGGUCGCCGUAUCCGUACCGUCAACGAAGCCAAAGCGCUCGCCGAGUAUCUUGCAGUCAAGCCGGAGAUGGACCGCAAAGAGAAGGAGGAGCGCCGACGGAGGUGGCAGGCUGUUGUGGAGGCUGCGGAGAAACGCGAGGAGGAGCUGAAGAAUGGCGGCGGCAAGCAGAAGAUUGACGGUCAGUGGAUGGAAGAUAAAGAGGAGAUGAACGAGAAGGCUAGGGAGGCUGUUCUUGCGGCGAUGAAGGAUGGCAUGUGGACGGACAAUCUUCAUGAUGUUAUACGUGAUAAUAUCUUGGGCGGGUCUAGUACGAGUGCCAGUGAGGGAAGUGAGCAGGAGUCUGCUUCUGCGUCGGAAGAGAGUGAAGACGAGCAGGAGAUGAAGGAUGCGCCGGGCCCGUCAGAGCCGGCUCCCAAGUCUGCAGCCCCGCGAAAAUUCAUUGGAUUUGAUGAUGACGAUGAGUUUAUGAGCGAUUCUGAGGAAGAGGAGAACGAUCAAACGGACGAUACUAAAGGGAAAGGCAAGGCGAAGAUCACCUCCGGUCUUCCAACUGGGAAAAUUUGUACCGUCAUGUCGCUGUAUCUUGGGCGCAUAAUUCAAAGAGCCCCUCGAUUAAAAUAUUUCCUUCCCCGCUGUUCGCGCCAGUUACACCAGCUCCCCGGAGCGCGAUCCUCACAGAGCUUGUUUCUGCACCCAGAGGUGCUGUCCGUUCGGAAUGCAGACGGCCUGAUCAGAAAACCGCAGCGACGCCUCCUAUCCUCGGGCCCUUCAUUAUGUGCGAAAUCAUCAGAGCUUACUGACCUUGUUCUACCCGUCUGCUGUCCGGGAUGUGGUGCAUACGCGCAAACCAUCGAGCCCGGCGAACCAGGAUACUACAGCAAAACCAGAAAGCAAACACGGAAGCUCUUGUCCGAGACAGCACAAGCAAGUGGUGUGCAGGAUGGAGAGACGGGGGAGGUAGCGGAUCUGAAGGCAGAGGGAGAAAAGGCUGCAGGCACAAUCCAGCAACUAAUCAAGGAGUCAGAGGCAGAAGCGGCCGCUCCUAAGCCUGUCCAUGGCGCUUUACUUGAAAAUGCUGCAGCCACUGCUAAAGAGUACAUUGAAAAGUCGCGACCCCCUGUGCAGGUUUGCGAUAGAUGUCACGAUCUCAUACACCAUAACAAAGCGGUUCCUGCGAUUUCACCUACGAUAUACUCCAUUGGGGCUUACCUUGACGAGUCACCAUACAAAUAUAACCGGAUCUACCACGUAAUUGACGCAGCAGAUUUUCCCAUGUCUCUUGUCGAUAAUAUAUACGAGGCACUUUCCAUCGAGGAACAGCGGUCGCGCAACCGGCGAGCUUCCACCGAGAAAUACCGAGGAGGAAAGAAAUUACCUACUAUCAGCUUCAUCAUAACACGCUCUGAUCUUUUGGCUCCUACCAAGGAACAGGUGGACUCAAAAAUGGAAUAUGUUCGCUCGGUCCUGCGAGAGGCACUUGCUAAGUCGACCGAGGAUUUCCGUCUGGGCAAUGUGCAUAUGAUAAGCGCUCACCGAGGCUGGUGGACUAAAAAAGUCAAGGAGGAAAUCAAGAACCACGGAGGUGGUGUCUGGGUAGUGGGCAAGGCUAAUGUCGGGAAGAGCAGUUUCAUAGAAGCUUGCUUUCCCAAGGAUUCUAAGAACCUUGAGAAAAUUGCUGAAUUGGUUGAGCGUCGCCAAGCAGAGUCGAAUAUCAGCCCACGCGACGCCAUCAUGGCUGAUUCUGACAGCAUUCUACCACCUGCCCCCCAGGAAGACCUUUAUCCUGUCCUGCCGGUUGUUUCGUCGCUGCCAGGGACUACUGUUUCGCCGAUUCGCAUACCAUUUGGCCGUGGCGGAGGAGAAAUGAUCGAUUUGCCCGGCAUGGAUCGGGGCGACCUAGCAGACUACGUCCGUGACGAAUACAAACGAGACAUGAUCAUGACUAAACGGAGAAAACCAGAACGGUAUACUAUAAAGUCAGGCCAAUCACUGCUACUAGGGGGAGGCCUUGUGCGAAUCACGUCGGUGAACCCUGACGAGGUACUAAUGGCAGCUUGUUUUAUCCCGAUCGAGGCCCAUGUCACGAAGACUGAAAAAGCCGUUGAAAUGCAAGCUGAACAGCGUCCUUAUCCUGGGGAGAAUAUCAUGAUAGAAGGCGUCGGCAACCAAAUUACUUCCGCCGGAAUCUUUGACCUUAAAUGGGACGUGACCCAGUCGCAUCUACCAACGACGAUCGCGAAGGCAGUGGAGGAUAAGGGGAUAAAACCCCCUCCUCUGCCAUAUAAAGUGAUGUCGGCAGAUAUACUCGUUGAGGGGUGCGGUUGGGUCGAGCUCACGGCUCAGAUCCGUGCCAGGUCUACAGACGGCGAGUCUGCCAGGUCGUUACCGCAGGUUGAGAUAUUCACUCCGAACGGACGACAUGUUGGCGUGCGACGUCCCAUUGAAUGCUGGAAGUACGUCGCAGAGAAACAGGCUGUGGAGAAACGUAAGAAGGGCGCACGAGGGCGACAAAGUAUCGGGCAGAAGAAGCGUGCCCAUCAUACAUCUAAAGUCUGA